UUUGUUGAGAAAGCAAGGGGGCGAGGUCCUGCGGUUCAGGCGCGCCGCGCGGCGAGACGCCGCGGGCGGGGCAGAGGAUGGAGGUGGUGUCGUCCGCUGCAACGGUUGGGGCUGCGCGUGAGAGGGUGGCCGUGUAAGCACUCGAGCUGGGGAGAGGCCGGCGGGACCGGACCAUGGCGGGAGACCCUCUCUGCUGGGCUCCCUGAGGUGCGCUCCCUGAAGUCCCGGGGAGCCGUCGCCCAUGGGCUCGCUGAGCAGCCGAGUGCUGCGCCACCGGGGGCGAACCCAAGUCCAGCCGGAGCCGGGUUCCGGGGCAGUGGGCUCGGCCCGUGGGCCCAGGACAGGCGGCGACACACCCGGCCACGGCUUCUGUUACUGCCCGGGCAGCCUCAAGCGCAAGCGGAGCAGCGGGGCCUUCUGCUACUGUCACCCCGACUCCGAGACGGACGAGGAUGAAGAGGAAGGGGACGAGCAACAGCGGCUCCUCAACACCCCUCGAAGGAAAAAAUUAAAGAGUACAUCCAAAUACAUUUAUCAAACAUUGUUUUUGAAUGGUGAAAAUAGUGACAUUAAGAUUUGUGCUCUAGGAGAAGAGUGGAGCUUACACAAAAUAUAUUUAUGUCAAUCUGGCUACUUUUCUAGUAUGUUCAGUGGUUCUUGGAAAGAAUCCAGCAUGAAUACUAUUGAACUGGAGAUUCCUGACCAGAAUAUUGAUAUAGAAGCCCUGCAGGUUGCAUUUGGUUCACUGUAUCGAGAUGACGUCUUAAUAAAGCCAAGUCGAGUUAUUGCCAUUUUGGCAGCAGCUUGUAUGCUGCAGUUGGAUGGUUUAAUACAGCAGUGUGGUGAGACAAUGAAGGAAACAAUUAAUGUGAAAACUGUAUGUGGCUAUUACACAGCGGCAGGGACCUAUGGAUUAGAUUCUGUAAAGAAAAAGUGCCUUGAAUGGCUUCUAAACAACUUGAUGACUCACCAGAAUGUUGAACUUUUUAAAGAACUCAGGUAUUAUAAAUAUUACACCGUCUUCAAAGAGUUGUCUACAGAAUGGCUGUCUUCUGUGUAUAAACAGCAAUGGCUUGCGAUGCUUCGGGCAGAGCAAGACAGUGAGGUGGGGCCUCAAGAAAUCAAUAAAGAAGAACUAGAGGGACAUAGCAUGAGGUGUGGAAGAAAGCUUGCCAAAGAUGGUGAAUACUGCUGGCGGUGGACAGGUUUUAACUUCGGCUUUGACCUACUUGUAACCUAUACCAAUCGAUACAUCAUUUUCAAACGCAAUACACUGAAUCAGCCAUGUAGCGGAUCUGUCAGUUUACAGCCUCGAAGGAGCAUAGCAUUUAGAUUACGUUUGGCCUCUUUUGAUAGUAAUGGAAAACUAAUAUGUAGUAGAACAACUGGAUAUCAAAUACUUACACUUGAAAAGGACCAGGAACAAGUGGUGAUGAACUUGGACAGCAGGCUUCUGAUCUUCCCUUUAUAUAUCUGCUGCAACUUCCUGUAUAUAUCACCAGAAAAGAGAAUUGAAAAUAAUCGUCACCCAGAAAAUCCAGAAAACUGAGGAUCUCAUCAGUUGGAACCAGUAGCACUUUGAAAACUUCUUCGGCCAGCUUUAAUUUAAUGGCUGUACUGAUAAUCACAUCAAAGGAAACUAACAAUGACAAAGGCCUUAUGAACUAUAACAGAUAGUACAGAAGACUAUUCUUAUCCUCAUUACAUUUCUAUGCACAUACAAAAAAAAAUAUUUUAAAGCCAAGAAAAUAUCUUUCAAACCAUUUAUGUUAUAAAGAUGUCAACUCAUAUUUUUUAUUUAAUAUCAGUAGAAAAAAUUGCUGUAGAUAAAUUCCACAUUUCUCUGCAACCAAAUACAAACUUAAUUUUUAGCUUAAACUUUGACCCUAUCUAAUGUUAGUGAACCUCAGUUAUUCAUCUGUAAAUUUAUUUUUAUUCAGCUAAAAGAAUGUUAAAGGAAUCAUUUGAAUGGCCAGUUACAGAUGUUCUUUCAAUUUGUACAUUGAUGUUCUGUACAAUUUUAUUAUUAGGUCAUGAAUUGUUUAUGUACCAGAUAUUACACUUUAAAUAUUUUCAUAUUCUCUGAUCUUUAGAAUUAUUUAUGUUCAGAUUUUAUUUGAGAAUCCUGUUUCCUACUGAAGCUCAGGACUUUAUAACCUCUGAAUUGAGUGCCUUUUGAGUUACACAUGCUGAUAGAAAUUUCAUAGUAAAUGUAAAUAAGGUUGGAGGGUCUAAUAUAGAAGCUGGAUAAUAAAGCAUUAAUGUAAAAAACAACUUAUUUUUUUCAAAAAUGAGAUGUACACGUCAUGAUUUAUAUAUGUUGGCUUCUUGUGUUUACUGUUUUGAAAAUAGCCAUGUUCAUUUUCCUUUCCGUCAGAGUAAGUACUUUUUGUGGUUAAUGUGUAUUUUUAGUAUGUUGAAAACGAAAUGAGAAUCAUUUUUACAUAAUCUGUACAAAUAAGACUUUGGAAAAAAUAAACCCAUAUAAAAUGGGCAAAAAAAUCUCAGAGGAAUAAAUAAUCAGAAUUUUUUUUCUUUCUAGUUAGAUUCCCCCCCCCCCCAAUUAGCUUUAACUUUUGGAAUUUAUGGAUAGUUUUUAUCCUCCAGUAAUAUAUCCACAGGCUUGUAACUUACUUUUGUCCUUUCCAAAUUCACCCUCUUAGUUUAAGUUAAAGGAACCUUUUAAAUGCUUCUUCCACCUCUACCCCCACAGACCUGUAAUUUAAAUGUUUCUAAUAAAAUGAUACGGCUGUACCAAGAGGCUUUCUUAUUUUUAUAUUUGACUACAGUUAUAUCUCUUUCAUAUGCUCUCAUUGUCUAUCAUCACAGCAUCAGAGGUUCCUUACCCUAU